CAGUUACACAAAAAAUGAAUGAGAAGAUUAGCAGCCAGGAGAUGAAGCUGACUUUUCUACAGAAGAAGGUUGACGGCAUUGCUGCUGCAAUGAAUGAUGUGAGCAAGACGCUUUCUUCUCUGGAAGGCAAAAUCAAUGAAGAUAAGGGCAGAGACUUCCAAUCUUUUCUAAAAGGUCUCAAAUCCAAAAGUGUUAAUGAAUUAGUCAAAGACAUUGUCAGAGAGCACUUCAAAGUAUUUCAAAGUGAAAUGCAAGAGAGCAUGGCUCAAAUUUUCAAGACUGUGUCUAGUUUGUCAGAUGAUCUUGAAAAUACAAAACAAUUAGUCAAGCAUCUGAAUGAAACCCAACAAAAAUUUACUCAGGAGAAAGACAGUGGGCCAACAAAGCUUGACAUUCUGGAGCUAAAGAGUCAUAUGGUGCAAAUGAAAGAGGAAAUAGCCCUCACUUGUGACAAGCCUGUGAAAGCUUUACAGGAAAAGCAGAAAUCCUUGGAAGAUAACUUGGAGCAUCAGCAGUCAAGGAGUGUCAUUUAUUAUGAAUCUUUAAAUAGGACUCUUACUGAAAUGAAAGAUGCUCAUGAACAAUUGUUAUCAGCUGAACAGUCUUCAAGCCAAAACAUCCCUUCAGCAGAUAAAGUCACGGAGUACAAUGUUACAGAGUACAUGUUCACACUGCAUGAGAAAGUAAAGAAACAAGGCAUGAUGGUGCUGCAGAUCUAUGAUGACUUAAGAGUCCAAGAUAGCAAGAUUAGCAAUCUCAGUGUUGCGCUGGAAAUUCAGAGAGACUCUGUUCUGGGGGUCUGUGAUGACAUGUUGUCAGAGAACAGAAGGGAAUUCCAAACACAGCUGGCAGCAACCCAAGAGAAUGUGCUUGUCCUAAACAAAAGUCUCUCUGAUCUGGUCCUUCCAUUGGACAAUAAGAUGGACAAAAUGAAUGAGCAAAUUAAUGAUUUGUGCUAUGAUAUGGAGAUCUUGCAACCCUUGAUUGAACAAGGGGUACCUUUUAGUCUGACUUCAGAGUAUGAACAACAAAUCCAAGCUGAAGAAAUCAAUGAGAAGCUUGAAAACCUCACUACUGUCAUUAACAGAAUGAAUUCUGCAAUUAAGGAGCUUUCCAAAACUCAGGAAGGACUUAAAAAUGAAUCUCAGGUUUAUCAGGAACUGUUUGAGAGUCGUGUUAAUGAAUGCUCCAUGGAAAUAGAAGAUGGCCUAAACAAGACCAUGAUGGUAAUAAACAGCGCUAUUGAUUCUAUUCAAGAUAACUACGUACAGAAAGAUAUGCUACAUGCUCUAAGAAAUGAAACUGAAGACUGCUGUGGCAGAGCUGAGAAACUGGACAGCCUCCUGGCUUUCAUUCCUCAGUUCCAACAGUUGAAUGAAUCCCUCCAGACAUGGCUCAUUGGCAAGAAGUAUGAAUUCACUUCACAAGUAGCACCAUCCCUUUCUGAUCUUCCAUAUGAGGAGUCUGACAAAAGUAUCCUCCACAAUUUCAGAAGACUUUUCUAUCUUUUAAAUGAUACAUCGUCGAAAUUGGACAAUCAACAACAAGAUAUCAGCCACCUAGAAGAAAAACUAAUUGACUCCCUGUCAGAAUCAAAGGACCAUGAGGUUCGCCUUCUGAAUGUCGAGUCAAAAAUUUCCAAGUUUUUGGCAAACAACUGUGUCUCACUGAAAAAAACCAAAGCUACAUUGACAGAGAAAGAACAAGUGGUCUCACUUCAGCUCCAGACACUGAGUUCCAGGAUCAAGGCCCUGGAAGCCAAGUCGAUCCGCUUCUCAAACAGCAUUCCACUUCUGAACAAGACUGCUCAUGAGGCCUGGGGACUGUGUCAGGAUACCAACAACAGCAUCCAAAAAGUGAAUGCGAGUAUACCUGUGCUAAUUAAACUUGCUCAGCUAGAUAUCCCCCUGCUGCAGACAGGCCUCAAAGAGCUCAUGGAAUCUGUGCUUGAAAUAAAAGCAGGAACUAUCUUGACAAAUUUAACCCAGCAUGUUGACAUAUCAGUGGCAAAUGCAAUGAACAACAUCACCAAACUUCAGAAGCAGGUGAAACCCGUUAUAAAGAAACCAACCCCAGCAAAAAAAGGAGCAGCAAACGUCACCAUGAGCCUGGCAAGUCGAACUCAGCGGAACACGGAUAAUACCAUAGAUCCAGGGCAGUAUUCAGCUUGUGUCAGUUCCCCGUGCCAGAAUGGAGGAACCUGUAUCAACGACAGACAGAGUUUUGUUUGUGCUUGUCGCCACCCCUUUGGAGGAGUCAACUGCAGCACGAAGCUGGUGAACGACAAUUCUCUGAGUGUCGAUUUUUCGAAAGGAUCAUACAGAUAUGCACCUAUGGUGGCUUUUUUUGCCUCUCAUACAUAUGGAAUGACGACUCCAGGACCCAUCAGAUUUAACAAUCUGGAUGUCAACUACGGAGCUUCAUUUGCCCCAGCAACUGGGAAGUUCCAUGUUCCGUAUCUGGGGGUCUAUGUUUUUGAAUAUACCAUUGAAUCGUUCAGUCCACGUGCCUCUGGCUAUCUGGUCAUUGAUGGAAUAGACAAACUCACUUUUCAGGCUGAAAAUAUUAAUAGUAACAAGUACACUGACAGAGUCAUUACUGGAAAUGCUUUAUUAGAGUUAAAUUAUGGUCAAGAAGUCUGGCUCAGGCUGGCAACAGGUUCUAUACCAGCCAAGUAUCCACCAGUAACUACGUUUAGUGGUUACUUGCUGUAUCGUACCUAA